CACCCCCGGGAGUGCAGCUGGGCUCCUCCCGCUCCUCCUGGGCAAUGCUCCUGGGGAGUCUGUGGGGAAGAUGCCAUCCAGGGCGCUGUGCGCUCUUCCUCAUCUUCGCCCUCCUGCUGGACGCGGUCGGCCUGGUCCUUUUGCUGCUGGGGAUCUUGGCCCCCCUGAGUUCCUGGGACUUCUUCAUCUACACAGGUGCCCUGAUCCUGGCUCUCAGCCUACUGCUCUGGAUCAUCUGGUAUUCCCUCAACAUUGAGGUGUCUCCUGAAAAACUGGACCUGUAG